AUGAAGGCAAAUCAGCCGAGGACCGGCGCUCUGGCUGUGGUCAUCAGUGGCCGCAGCGCCAUGCAGUUUUCCAAAAAGCCGGGCCUUUUUCUUGAUCAGUGCAAGGCAGCCUACGUGGCUGCUGCCAAGAUGGGCGAGGUGCAGGGUGACACCGCGCCUGCGGUGGUGGCUGGAAGGUUAGCCGGCAAACUUGGUGGACUUGCUGGGCUCAAGCCCAAGGAGCAAGUGGACUGUGUUGUGAAGGCCGCGCAGGCACAUGGCAGGGACACCGACCUGGCACCCUCCAAGAUUGCGAGCGACAUGCGCGAGAGCGGCACAGCAGCAGCCAAGGGUACGCAACUUCCGCCGCCGCAGAUUGACGGCGUUGUGUCGGAGAGCAUGAAGGACACGGAGGUGGGACCUACAGCCAAGCUCCCGAUCCCCGACGAGGUCUAUGACAAGUGCUCAGCAGCGGGUCAAGAGGAGGCCAGCACCGCGGAAUCAGCCGCGCAGGCUGCGAUGGUGGCUACACAUCUUGGCAAGACCUGGGGACUCUCCGCGGCCGACGCCACGGCAGCUGCCAGGAAAUGCGCCUUCGAUGCUGCUGUCACUGCCAAAGCAACAGUGGAUCAGGCAACCGCAGCAGGAGAGGCUGCCAGGGCAACCGCGGACUCGGCCGUCACCGGCCCAUCAGCGGGGGCGGUGCUGAAGCCCGAGCCCCUCAAACAUAUUGGAGAGGAUUGCUGGUAUGCCUGCUCCAAGCGGAAUGGCUUGUGCGCCUACUGUGGUCUUGGCAAUGCUUGCUGCAAAAGGGACAACACUGACAUGGCCAAAGAGUGCCAUGAUGUAGCGACUUUCCUCACAGACCAUCACGAGUGCGUGACGCCUGUGCACCAGCCUUCGGACCUGAAGGAUGUUGGAGACGCCGUGGCGAAGGCUGUCGUGGUCGCUGGAGGAUCAAAAACGCCAGUCCCUGUCAUUGCGGCCCCUGCAAUUGCAGUCACAGCGGCCACAGCAGGAAAAACAGCCGCCACAGCAGGAAAAGCUGGGACGGCAAUCGUUCCUCCUGUUGAGAUCACCACAAGCGCUCUCCCGACGCUGCCGCCCACCACCAUGCCUACUACCAUGUCCACUGUUGCCACCACUACCCCAACAACAACUCCAACAACAACUCCAACCACUUCUCCAACCACCACUCCGACCACCGUCCCAAUCACCACACCGACCACUGUUCCAAUUACGACCCCAACGACCAUCCCAAUUACUUUGCCGCCCACAACUUUGGCCACAACGCUGCCUCCAAUGUCAACAUUGCCUGCUCCAACCCUGCCGCCUCCAGCUUCAACAAUGCCUGCUCCAACCCUGCCUCCUGCGCUGACGCUGGCCACGACAGCGGCUCCUGCUGUGACCACAACGCUCCCUUUGAAGCCUGGCGCAUUCCAAGCAGUGACUUUGCCACCUGUCCCCCCGAUCACGCCAGCAACGGAGGCCGAUGCCGAUUCCAUCCUGCCCAAACCGCUUCCUCCUGCGAUGGAGGUCGGGCUCCAUACCGCAGAGGAGCAGAAGCAGAACAAGGCAGGCCUCUGGCCUGAGGCGGUUGCUGGUGCUGCCACAACUGGCUCCUAUGCGGUGGCACAUGCGGAUACGCAGGAGCAUGCCACUGACAUGGCCGAGAAGGUUGCCACGUAUGUUUUCCACAGGGACGGUGGUCAGAGCAUCGAAGAGGCGACAGGUUUACAAAGCAAACAGAUUGGUGAGCUGCUAGUCACUCGCCAACAGGCUACUAUAAAUGCCAAGAAGGCUGUCGCGCACCGCGCUCAGCAGAAGGGGAAGCAUGCAGGAAUGCAGCUGAAGCCGUAG